CCCUGCACACCUCCACCUGUUCUCAGCCUGUCCUCUAAUUGUACCCUCUCAUUUAAUGCUACUUCAAGCAGUAAUGAAGGCUCGUAUGCAGUCCAGAUGGUGAUGGAGGACUUUCCCAGACAGGCAAUCACACUGACUCAAACUAGUGGAUCACACAUUGUGAAAACUACAAGCGAUAGAAUCAGCAUGAUACCCAUCCAGUUUGCUUUUCAAGUGGAUCCAGCUGCACCAACCUGCUAUGAAGGUGUUUUUCUGCCGAGAUUUCUGACUCCAACUCCAGAACAAGGAGCUCAGUUCUACAGUCCCAUCAAUCAGGCUUUGAAGAUCAACAUCAGAGCAGGUGCAACUCAAUCUAUGAUCACUGAGCUCCUGUACAGCGGGCCGUACAAUGUAGUCAAGAGCUCUUCUGGAUCAGGGAACUUUUCUCUGACCUGGACACCAUCUGCAGGAGAAGAUGGACAGAGUCACCCCAUCUGCUUUCUCGUCCAGGCAAGUGUCUCUAGUUCUGUGUACCAGUCUGAGCUUCGAUGUGUUAUUGUGACGGUUGGAAACAAUCCUCCCUCAACCACCGUUCCAAUUACAGAUCCUCCCCCACAAAAAUGUAAGAAUGACAACAUAGAGGUGAAGGGAGCAGUAUUGUACACCAAUGGCUGGAAGCUUUCUCAGACUAAAAAGUCUGGAGUGAGAGAGGACUUCCGGAUCCGGUCCAAGAUGGAGGCUUGA